AGCAGCAGCAGCAGCCCCGCCCCGGGCACCGCUCGGCAUUCCAGCGGCGGCGGCGCGCCCCCCCCCCCCCCGACAGCGACUCUCAGCCCGGCGGCCGACGGACCAGCGAGCCCAACUUGCGCCCCGGGGAGGAGGCGCCGGCGAUCGGGACACCGGCCGGCCGGCCGGCUGGCUGGCUGCUGUCCCGCUUGACCAGUGCCGGGAGGAGCGGGAGUGGAGGUGCCGGCGCGGGCAUGUUGCCCGGCAGCGCCGAGAUCCGCGCCGGGGACCAGCUCACGGCGGCUGCCGCCCGGGGAGACAUCGCGGAGGUGCGGCGGCUGCUGCAGGAGGAGCUGGUGCACCCCGACUCGCACAACCGCUUCGGCAAGACCGCGCUGCAGGUCAUGAUGUUCGGUAACAUCUUCGUGGCACAGGAGCUGUUGAAGCAAGGUGCUAACCCUAACAUCCAAGAUGAGUCGGGCACGGCGCCUGCCCACGAUGCUGCCCGCACUGGCUUCCUUGACACGCUGAAAAUCUUGGUGGAGCAUGGCGCUGAUGUCAACGUCCCAGACGCCUCUGGCUCGCUGCCGCUCCACGUGGCUGUUUGGGAAGGCCACAAGGACGUGGUCUGCUUCCUUGCACCUCAAUCCAAGCUGCAGCACCAGGACUCUGAAGGGCGCACACCACUGGAGCUAGCGCAGCAGCUUGGGCUUUCAGACAUCCAGGGCAUUCUGGAGCAGUAUCUCUCUGUCCCAGCUUAAUCCAAAGAGGGGGUCGCCUUGCCUGGGCUCAAAGGGAGCAGGAUCAGUUCUGAGACAGAUCCUUUCUGUAUACUUAGCCCCCUCCCCCAAUCCCCGGAGAUUCUCCCUUUCUUGCCAGGGCCCUGGAACAAAGGCAGCUCCUCCUGCCCUACCUCAGAGUGUGAGUUUAAUUGACUUUUGCUGUUGUUUCUAUUUAUAUGUAUUUUAUGAGUUCUCUUCUUUGCUUCUGCUCUCCGGUUUCUCCCAAUCCUGCCAGUUCACUAGGAGCCAGAAGGCCUUUGUGGUGGAGCACUCCUGCUUGUACCAUCCUAAACUCAGCUUUGGUUUAUUUCUCCUUGUUUGGGGAAGGUCCCAACCACUGGUAUAAACAUCUCCUAAAGAGCAUUCGGGUGGGACAGGGUCUCUCUAACGCAAAGAGCAUCCAUUGCGAGGCUGGGGCCUUCGCUCCCCUCCUGCUUUGCACAAGGAAUCUGGUCCCUUGUGGGGAACACUUGGCAUUUUGCCUAAGGGCAAAAUGUUCCCCUUUGUGCACCAGGCAGGGAUGUCAAGGCUAACCCUGAAAUGAAGACUUUGCCAUGACGUAUUCCUAUAUCUGUGGGCUGAAUGUUUGGCCCUGGUUCCCUUGUGGAAUAUGGGAUCCAAAAUCAGUAAUGUCUAACUGCAUAGGAUUCUGCGCCUAUUAAGAACCUCAUCUACCCUCUCCCUAGUUUCUGUAUGAUCUUCUCAAGGGAUCUUGCGAUCCUUAAGCCAUUUCCACCUUGGCCUUUUGGUAGUUAUCCCUGCCGUUCACACACAUAUUCAAAGUGUGCGUAGUCUGUUGGCUUUGACUAAAAUGUUUUCAGGCUUGUUUUGGCAGCUUGUUCCCUAUAAUGAAUUUGUGGAUCUGAGCUGUGUAUAUAGUAGAUUUUAAAGGAGGGGGAAAUUUAUUCUAUUUAUUGUGAUUUGCAAGGGUUUGUUUUACAGAAUGAUUAAUUUAAUUAUUAAAAACAUUAAAUAUA